AUGUCUAGACCAUCGUCGAGCUCCCCCUUGCUGGAUGCAGGAGGUUUGAGAAAGAAGCAUUGGACACCGCCGCUUGUCGUGUGCGUAUUGAUCUGCUGUUUGGCGUCGAUUCAGUACGGGUUCCACAUGUCUGAGCUCAAUGCGCCAGCCAAGUAUAUCAGAUUGUCCUUGGGGAUCUCGCAGAGCCAAUUGGGGUUUGCCACGGCGAUUUUCUCCAUCGGAGGGUUGGUUUCCUCUACUUUUGCGUCGUACAUUUCCACAAACUACGGUCUAAAGCCGAGCUUUAUAGUUACGUCGGUGUGUUACAUUCUCGGAUCGUUCAUCGAGAGCAGGGCUGGUUCCCAUUCGAGUCUACUGCUGGGCAGAUUUGUGAGUGGGCUCGGAGGCGGGUUGGCCAUAGUGUACGUGCCGAUCUACGUGAACGACGUGUCGCCGGUCGAGCUACGUGGUAUCUUGGGCAGCAUGACCCAAAUCAGUGUGAACUUCGGCAUCUUGCUGGCGCAGGUGUUGGCGAUGAGAUGGAACUCGGUCGAGUCGUGGAGACGCAUCUUGAGCGUCGGGUGGAUAAUAGCCGGGGUCAACGUCGUCUUGGCUGCCACGUCCUUGGUGGAGUCUCCCAAGUGGCUCGUGAUCAGAUCCAAGCACGCGGAUGAGGCGCUGGGCACCAAGAUCUUGGGCAGCCUCAGGGGCUCCACGAGCAGUGCCCAGGACGUGCACAACGAGAUCGAGAUCUGGAAAGUCGAGAAGCAGGGACAUCUGCUGCUGCUUGAGUCCAGCCCGCAUUUGAAGAACCUCGGGUUCUGGUGCUACCUCACCGACAAGAACUACUUCAACUCCAAGACCAUCGCUACUUUCAUGAUGAUCGGACAGCAGUUUGCCGGCAUCAACUCGGUGAUCUUCUACGGCGUCGACAUCUUGAACAAGGUGUUCCCGCAGUACGCCGUCCUCGCCAACGUGCUGAUAUCCGUGGGGAACAUGGUCAUCACCGCGGUCUCGUCCACCUUUUUGGACAGGGUCGGCCGGAAGCCGUUGCUACUGCUCUCCCUCCUAUCCAUGCUGCUGUCCUUGCUCGUCCUAAGUGCAGGAAUACUCACGGACAAGCCGCUCCUCACGGUCGUGUCCAUCUUCACAUACGUCGGCUCCUUUGCCAUAGGCUGCGGCCCCAUUCCGUUUUUGAUCGUCAGUGAGGUGUCCCAGGUCGAGGUCAAGGACAUCGCCCAGAGCUGGGCGACCGACUGCAACUGGGUCAGUGUCUUUGUCGUGGGAACCAUGUUCCCCAUCUUGAACACACUACUCGGCGGCUGGGUCUACCUCAUCUUCGCCGCUGUCUGUGUCCUGUUUGCCGUCUUUGUGCACAACUUUGUUCCCGAAACAAAGGGCUGUGCGACCUACGACGAGGUGUGGGCCGCCACGGGCACAGGUACAGGCGCCGGCGACAGAAUCGACUAA